GAAUCGUAUCGCUAAGCAGUAUCGACAAUGGAAUCGAAAUCGCUAAUUCUUAACAAUUCCCAUACCUAAUUUAGGUAUCCUCAGGUAUUUGUAGCUGUUUUGAAGCCUUCCUGUUGGUCCCACAGAUUUGAGCCAAGAGAGUUUUCUGUUUGUCCCCUCAUGCUCUGUCACUGGUGUGAAUUUCGUGUUCCUACUUCAAAAUAUGCCCACUCUGUGGGCCAUAGGGGUUUGAUUGUAGGUGGCGCUGUUGAGCCAGUGUUGAUCUGUUACUGUGGAGGUAUAAAUUUUAUCUAAUUUUUUGCUGGGCCGGUCGCAUAGAUACCAAAAAACCCCACAUUCAGCUAUGUUCAGGGGGUCAAAAAUGCAUUCUUGUGGGACAAAGAAUAAUAAUAAUAACACAGAAGAAACUGAGCAAGAACAAUACCCUUCGCCGUUACACUACGUGUUGCGGCGAUGGCUAAUAAAUAUAAAAAAAGAAAAAAAAUACAGAAUGUAAAACUGAAUGUUAAGCACACAUUAAUUCACAUGAGAGUCCUACCUCAGACAGAAGAUUGUGGUUUCAGAUAUAGGACAGGUUUUUGGAUACACACCUGGAUAUGUGGGUAUUGAUUAACCAGGGAUAUGCAGAAAUAUUCAGUUGAACAAAUAUGGGAUUAGUAAAGGCAGAUAUCAAUAUCAUCUAAAUGGCAAAUACACAGGUCCCAACAGGUUAGUUCAGGUCACCAAGAUUGCAAUGGGUGCCACCAUACGUCAUAUACUUCUAUAUUCCUUCAUUUCAGUCCAAACCAUUUGGUUACUGUGUCCAGGAGCUUUUACUGCAUGGUAUUGCGAACAUCAUUGGUUGUCCCUUUGACCAUGAUUGGGGCGGAGAAUGAAUCUGCAUGUGAACUAUGUGGAGAGGCCAUUUAGAACAUCCUGUGCCACCAUUUGUUGCUGCAGUCUGUUGCGACAGAAGCGCAGUAGGGAGUUCUCACCAAAUGCCAAGGUUGAUGCCUGCAACUCCCAGAGCUCAUCUUCAUUCUUAGAUCAUCAAUGGUGUCCCUGUAGUGCCCUCAGUGGUGGUCAAGUUGUGUUAAUAACAGCUGCCAUUGAUGUUUGUCCUCAGCAACUUUCUCACUUUGCUACUCUGUCUGUGUCCAAAGCCCAGUGGCAUGAGCCUGUUGACAUAUCUGUCUACUGACUGGAAAGAAGUUUGUUUAAUUGAGCCUCAUCAAAAGGAUUGAGGACCAGACAGGUGAUGAUAUACAACUGAGCGGUCAUCGAUUUGUUUUUUUGUAAGCUCAUCAGCAAGAGAAGUUAAUCCUCCCAGAGAGCAAGGAACACACCCAUCUGAACCAUGUUGCUGGAGAUGAAAGAACAAUAGUGACAGUUAUUUUCACACCCACCCCUCUUUUCCUAUUCAUUACAAGAGAAGCACGAUCCUAUUCUGCCAAACAUUGAGGGAUGUAGUAUCUAAUUGUUCAGUUAACCCUGUAAUAUCAUGUUGGGAAUAAUUUACAAAUCUCUGCUGGUUCUAAUAAAUUUGAAUUUAUCCAAUCAACAUUUUAUUUUAUGGUUGUCUCCAAUCAACAUUUUAUCCAGUCAACAUUUUAAUUUAUGGUUGUCUCAAGGAUGAUUGAUUCAAACCGGCUUUGAAUUAAUCCAGUACACCUUUAAAAACUCAAAUACUGUCAAAGUAAACCCUUUGGUCAAAGGAUCCCCCAGGUGUAUAUCUGUGUAUUGUGGAAAUUUACAACUUCUAUUAAUAUUCUACUGUCUUCUGACCUAUUUAAUAUUAUGGAGAAAUGCAGCUUGUGACUCAUAAUCUUGCUCGCCUAAUCAGACAUACGCUAAUGUUCAUGCAAGGAAUCUUUGAGUAUCUCUCUGCAGAAAGACAACUCCUUAUCAGGCAGAGCGGCUGUGCUGGGACAGCAGAAGGAACACCUUAUCCACAUCAGUGUGAGCGAGGCAGAGGCCCAACCAGCUCAAACCAGCUCCAGGGAUGUGUGACCCAGAAGAAUGAAAAUAUCACCCCGCCUGUGAGCGAAAGACUUCAUAAAAACGCACACAUUAGAUUAGACAUCGCCUUUUGCUCUGACUCUGUCAGUGAGGGCUGCUCGCGGACAGACUCGACACAGAGGACCAGAAUUCUGUCUAGAGGCUUCGCACAAAUAAAUUGUAAUCAGCGUUGGAAAUCUGCAUUGGGACUCUUUAUUUCUGCACUCUAUUUGGGAUCCAAGAAAGAAUCUGUAGGGUACGAGGAGCAAUCGGAGGGGAGCCCAGCCCGGCACCGGAGGGAAGAAAACUCCGUCCUCGACAGUAUACAAAGAGAUGAACUAGGAAAAUACGAUCCAUCAUGGACACAGCUUGGAAAGGAUUUUUGAAGUCUGGCAUCAUCCUUCUGUUCUUGAGCUCGUUUGUCUACAUAUUUUAUCACAUCAACUUUCUGGAGUUUCAGAAAACACCGAAGCCUCCAUUCAAGAACAUGAGUGUCUCCAGUGAUCCAGGCUCAAAUCAGAACUCCUGCACCUUCCGAUGGUUGUCUCCCAAAGAGAUCCAUGAGGAAAACAUCCUUUUAGAUUCCAUAGCUUGGCCAAAUACUCCAUCUGUGCCAGCUCCUGUUUCCCUGGAAGGCACCAGCAAUGCAGCCCGCAGCAAAUUUGUCAUUCUCCCAAGGCCAGGAGGUGGAUCGUGGCUCGUGGGGGAUCAGCUGGAGGUCAUGAUCAAGAUGUUUGACUUUAAGGGUCAUCCGAAGAAUCAUGGGGGAGAUUUCUUCCUGGCUCGGCUGCACAACCGGGCUCUUCAAGCAGGUGUGGCAGGUCAAGUGGUGGAUCAUCUCAAUGGGACCUACUCUGCUGUGUUCUUCUUACCCUGGGAAGGAAAGUCAGAGGUUGAGGUAACAUUGGUACAUCCCAGUGAAGCAAUCCCAUUCCUGCAAAGGUUUUCUGGCGAAAGGCCUAAUGGAAUGGACUACUACAGCACUUUUCAAUCAGGCUCACUGACAGACACUACCCUGUGCAAUGUAUGCCUGCCUCCAACCCAGCAGCCACAGUGCAACUACACUGAUCUCAAUACAGGUGAACUUUGGUUCUGCUACAAGCCACAGAAUCUGAGCUGUGAUACCAGGAUAAAACACUUCCACAAAAUCCGAAAACCCAUCAAGGCCGAGGAGGACAUACUCUUUAAACGUAAUGGGGUCACCAUGAACGUUCGUAUUCCGGCUUCAGGACCUGCUCAUGUCACCGCGUUUCUGAAAAAGAAAGCAAGGAGCAACAAGGACAUACCCGGAACUGCUGGUUACUAUUACAAAGGUCUGUGGAGUUCACUGAGUGGCACCAGAGUUCAACAAUUCAAUAACGCCUCUGCCAUCAGCCAGUGCCUCAAAGACAAGGUGGUCCUCAUGUAUGGAGACUCUACAAUCAGGCAGUGGUUAGAUUUCCUCUCAGAAGAGCUUGCAGAUCUCAGGGUAUAUAACCUGCACAUUACGACACAGUUUGGACCAUUUGUGGCGCUGGACCAUGUCAAUAACAUCUAUGUGACAUUUCGCUGCCAUGGCCUUCCAGUUUGUGCUGGCACUUCACCAGUUACAGAGCUACAUUAUGUUGCCAAUGAACUAAAUGGAAUAGCUGGAGGGAAGAACACAGUUGUAGUUAUCGGUGUCUGGGCACAUCUUACCUCAUUUCCCAUCAAGGUCUAUAUCCGUCGGAUUAUGAGCAUCCGCAAGGCAGUUGUUCGACUGCUAGCCAGAGCUCCAGAUACGAGAAUUAUUAUCCGGACAGCAAACCUGAAGCAAUUUCCAACACGCUUUCUAGCACAGCUCAGUGGUGACUGGCCUUCACUGCAACGUGACAAGAUACUCAGGACCAUGUUUAAAGGAAUAAAUGUUUAUUUCGUGGAUGCCUGGGAGAUGACUUUGGCUCACUACCUCAAGCAUGAGCUCCACCCUCAACGUCCAAUCAUUAAGAAUAUGAUUGAUGUUGUUUUGUCGUAUAUUUGCCCUUCAAAGUAAGAGUAGGCAUGUUGUUUCCUCAAGGAAAAAAAUAAUUAAGAUGAACAGACUUCUUAAUUGUGAGGUGAUUUUAUUUCCUUAAAUUUCAUCUGUUAUUUGUAGGAUGAAGUUGAGCUGUAACACGCUCCCAAAAAAUAAAGGCACAUCAAUUCAGAUCACGGUUCCGAGGGGAGUCAUGAUUAGAAGUCUUGUUAAAUUUCCAGAAGAUCAGGCCGCAGCACCAGCCAAUCAGCAGCAGACCAGUUAUCAUAAAUACAAAAAUAUACCCAUCUUCGACAUCUUCCACGGACAGGUGCCUGGGAUGCAACCCCCCUCCACUUGCCCCGGGUGUCGAUCACAUACUCAGCAUGCCGAGUCCCGUCCGGGAAGGAUCCCCCGCUCCUGUGCUCGUUGUUGAAAUGAUCGUAUCAAUUGCUUGAGAGACCAGCUGAUCAAUUCCAUGGUUGAUAUUUUGGUUUGUUCGAAGAAACCAAGUCAAGUGAUUGCUCCAGUCAAACAGAGGAGACAAAAGUGAAGCAGCAAGCAGAGACAACAGGAAGAGAGAAUCAAAGUAGGAGCGACAGAAAAAGUGUCCGCCUCCUCCGAGAGCCGAGCAAGAAAAUACAUCAACACACACAAACAUUUAUACUGUGCAAGAAAUCAUUCAUCCCCUCUGUAAUAACUGUUUUGAACAGGUGAAAAUAAGAUGUACUGUUCUCUGUGGUUGUGUUUGUUUAAAUAAGUGUUUUUUUUUGUUUUGUUUUUUUUUCAUGUGUGAUUGAACAGUGUUAAAGACAAUUUUCUGUUCAGAGUAAAGAACAGACAACAAAGUUUCAGUCUGUCAAUAAAAAAACCAAGCAGCA